GAUUAAACCCCUACAGUCAUUCACGAUAAAAAAAAAGGGAAAAAAACAGCAACAAAACUCAUACUACACCAUUGGUGAGCAAAAGAUGAAGAAAAGACUGAAAAACUCACUCGUACCGAGAGAGACUGACAAGGAGAUAGAUUCAUUCAUUAACAUCUAUUCAUGCGACCAUAGUCACGUGCCUAGAAUGCUUUGAAUAAAUCCCGCCGCUCUCCUGGAACACCGCUAUCUGUGACGUCACAGUUCGGAAUUAGAAUGUUCAGAAUCUGCUUUUACAACUCGGUCUGCUCAACUGCAAGUUUCGCUCUGAUGUACAAAUAUUAUCUCUGUUUGAUUGCACUCUUAAUUCAGUAUUGAACUGAUCCAAGAGUCCAAUAUAUUAAGUUUAUAAGUCUGUCUGCAAGAUUUUGCCCAGUUAUCUAGACUCCAGGAGAUUCAGCUGGUUCCCCAAAACAAAACCAUGCUGAUCACUGCCAGUCUGGUGAUGUUAUGGUGGUACUCCACCAGGGUGAAAAAGAAAUCACCAAAAACAGUGAAAGAGGAGGACAGCAAACAAGUACAGAUCACCAGAAAGACAACCAAGAGACAACUGGAGUGGCCUUUCACAGAAGGAUCUGAGACUGCCACUACCUCUGCAGCUGACACUGUCCCGGUGACGGACAGUGCUCCUGAGACAAUUGUCGUCCCUCAAAUGGACAAUGCGCCUGAGAAAAUCAUCGUCCCUAAAAUGUACAGUGCACCUGAGACUAACACUGUACCUGAGAUGGACCAUUCACAUGAGACCUUCAUCAUUCCUGAAAUGGACAGUGCACCUGAGAAAAUCAUCGUCCCUGAGAUGGACAGUGCACCUGAGACUAACACUGUCCCUGUGAUGUACAGUUCACCAGAGACUAACACUUUCCCUGUGACGCAGAGUGCACCUGAGACUAACACUGUACCUGAGAUGGACAGUUCACGUGAGACCUUCAUCAUUCCUGAAAUGGACAGUGCACCUGAGACUUACAGUGUCCCUGUGAUGGACAAUGAGCCUGAGAUCAUCAUCAUCCCUGAGAUGGACAGUCCACCUGAGACCUUCAUCAUUCCUGAAAUAGACAGCGCACCUGAGACUUACACUGUCCCUGUGAUGGACGUUGCACUUGAGACCAUUUUUGUCCCUGAGACGUACAGCAUGCCUGAGACCGACAUUGUCCUUGAGACUGAAAAUGCCUCAGAGAUAACACUGCCCUUGAGACUGACACUGCCUCUAAGACUUUCAUUGUCUACCGGACUCAAACGAACUCUGAGACUGACACUCCCUAUGAGACUGGCCCUGCGUCUGAGAAUGACACUUCCACUAAAAGUGACACUGCCUGUCAGACUAACACUGCCUCUCCGAUUAAGUCUGCUUCUCAAAUUGAGACUGCCUCACAGACCGGCACUACAUCUCAGACUGAAAGUUCAUUUCAAACAUACAGUACGUCUCAGACUGGCACUGCCUCGAAGACAACACUGCCUCUUUACUUCCAGUGCAUCCGAGACUGACACUGCCUCGAAGACUGCCCUUGAAUAUAAGGAAGGUGCCACGGGCUCUGACACUGACACUGACACGACCUCUGAAGCUUCCACUGUCUCUGUCUCUGACUUUGAAUAUCAGUUGGCCACUGACUCUGAACUGCCAAUGGAUCUUAUCCAGAUACUGCUUCUCAGACAUCCACUGUCUCUGAGACUGACGCUCCCUGAAGACCUGAGCCCCCUUUAACUUACAGAAUCAUAUUUUUAUAU